AUGGUUAUUUUUGAAGUAGCUGCGUACCUACCCCAAAUAUACAACACCAAUGCCACCCUAAUCCCCUGGAAAGCCCAGAACUCAUCCAACGUCGGUCAAAGCACAAUUGUGAACGGCACUUACUACCUCGCCGACCAAAUUAAUGCGCUCAUACAUGUCAUCAACCUAACCUCAUGUCACCAAAACACCACCAUAACAGGCUUUAGCGGUAUACCAACAAACAAAGGCAAAGGCAGCCCCGGGAGUCCCUCGCCCUCGAGACGGGUACCAGGGACAGCAGGGCCCAAUGGCAUUGUGGUAUUACCUGAUCGCGAUGAAAUCUAUGUCGGCGAUGCCAGUGGAGUGAUCAAGGUCAUCAAUCUGCACAACAAUAGUGUCGUUGCCAAUAUCGCGACUGGCGGCCAGCGACGCGCGGAUACCAUGACAUACAGUCCGCAGUCAGGCCUUGUGCUCGCUGUCAACCCGCUCGAAUACCCGCGACAGACUCCGUUCAUUGCAGUCAUUGACGUUGCCUCGCGGCGUGUCGUGGGUAUUGUCUCCCUGGCCAACGACGUCAGCUUCACUGGUCAGCCGGCCUGGAACAGCGUCACGAACAAAUUCUACGUGCCCAUACGCGCAACCAUGGCGAAUCCCGGGGGCGAGAUUAACGAAAUCAACGCUGCAUCUCUCAAAGUCACCAACGUUACUAGAGUGAAUGAGUGCCAUCCCACGGACAUCGCGUUUGGGCCAUCGCAGCAUCUAUUCGUCGGUUGUAGUCAUGACCAAAUUCCGACAUACGGCUACGGAUUCAGUCUGAUCUUGGACAUGGGGUCGAACGGGACAAUGGUUGGGAACAUUUCUGGCUUGUCUGGAGUUGGGCAGGUUGUUUACAGUGCCUCUACGAAUCUAUAUUAUGCAGCUACGUACCACGAGUCAUCUGCCACUACUACUGUGACAGACCAGAGUGACGGGGAUUCUACAAACAGCUCUAUACCGGAAGUUGCCAUUGUAGAUGCAAAGAGAAACACCUUACUACAAACAAUUCCAACAGAUAAUGAGACGGCGCAGACGGUGGCGGUGGACAUGCGGAUGGACCAGAUGGUUGUGCCGCUGGAAAACGAGGGGAUUGCGGUGUUCAAUGUGGGAAGUAAUUCGACGCUUCCAAAGAGCGAUGCCGGAUCGCGCAUCAUUAGGCAAGAUAUCGAUACCGCUGAGUCAGGAGUCAGCGUUGCGACAGCAUUGAGUUUGUAUUCGACGGUUUCGAUUGCGUUAUUCUGGGCACUGGUAUUUUGUAGUUGA